AGAAAUGAGACCUUUGGCAGUGGUCCUCUUGACUCUGAGUGUUUUGCUCCUCAUCUCAGUCGUUGAUUGCAAAGCUCCCAAGGAAACAAAGAACAAAGAUGGUAAUCACGACAAACAGCAGAAAGGGAAAGCAGAUGCUGUGAAAUCGAAAGAAAAAGGGAAAAAGGUCGACAAAGUCAAGAGCGUAAAAUUCGCUGAAUCAGAGAAGCAGGAAGAACCUCAAUUGAUUAAAGUGAGAGAAGUCCUUAUCGAGGCUGGAGAAAUCGUCGGAGCUCCACACAAUGAAAAUACUGGACAUAUUCAUGUUGGCGAAUCACUUGUUGACACUUUGAAUCACCAUCAACCAAAACCAAUUGCCAAGCCGAAGUCGCUAAAGGUGCUGAACGCCUAUGAACAGUGCAAAAUGGAGUGUAAGAGACAACGCGAUAGUGUCCAUGCACGCGAGUACGUGGAACAGCUGAAGGCCGAGCUAGCCGCUGCCGAGGCUGCUUUGGCAGCCGAAAUCGCUGCCGAAAAUGCUGCAAACGCACCAGCUGUUGAGCAUGCAGACACUACUGUCGACACAUCUACACAUUUUAGUUCGUAAAACCGUAUGAUUCACCAAAGUCCCAUUUCUUCACGAUCGCUCUCACUCACAGAUAAAGGCACAUCGGACAUUGCUGUUUC